CUAGCUGGAGUAGAAGGGACAUUUGCCCCUUCGAACCACAUCAAAACAGCUCCUCGCAUACAUUUCUGGUCUAAAUCGGUAACGGGAGUAUCCAGUCACUGCCAAAGGCAUUCCAGGCAACUGGACACCCUGCAGUAUAUAGAAAGGCUGGCUUGACCUACAGCUAGCUGGGAGGCCACGGCUGCCAGUCCCCGCUCACACCAGGCUGUCCACACUCCUCACACUUGGCUUUUUUUUUUCCUUUCAGGUUAUCACUACAACUCUUAUUUGAACGUCAUUCUUAUUCACUAAUCCCUUUGCGAGAGGAUUCACCUUCACAAGCUUCACUUCUAGAUUUCACUACAGCAUUUAAGUCUUGCCCUGCCGCAAGGCCUCACGACGAGCGCCUUAUUCACUUGCCCAAUUAUUCUUGCCUCUGAGCCGGAGCAGGCAAAGGUGCUCCCCGCAGCGUUACUGUCAUUUAUGGUGCCUUCCCGAAUCGCAAGGACCAGCCCAUUCCCGAAGCAAUCACCGAGCAACAUGCAUCACAACUCCACAAGCUACUCAACUUGCCACAGGAAUCCAGGAGACGACCGAGCCACGGGAGAAAGCCCCCCAGCACCCAGCGCAGUUUCCAACCCUCCCUGCACCACACCGUCCAACAGGAGCAAGCUGAAUUGCUGCAGUUUCUCCUCAAAAAAAAUCCAUCAGCUGCCUCGUAUGCAGACCUUCUCCUACCAGGAUCCCGCGUUAAGUCCAACGCUGCUGUUUUCUGACCUUCUCUAGGUAUAAUGCUGAUCCUGGAGCUCUGGGGACAGCUGCCACCGGGGAGAGCCACCAGGAGAGCCGCUCCAGACCCACACAGGACAGCCACAAGGUACCAUCCCAGUGGGAGUCGAUCUUCGAAAACAUUCAAACCCAAGAAGAAUAUUCCCGAAGGCUCCCAUCAGUAUGAACUCUUGAAACAUGCGGAAGCGACUCUGGGGAGCGGUAACCUUAGACAGGCGGUUAUGUUGCCGGAGGGAGAGGACCUUAACGAGUGGAUCGCAGUUAACACGGUGGAUUUCUUCAACCAAAUCAACAUGCUGUACGGGACCAUUACGGAGUUCUGCACGGAGGCGAGCUGUCCGGUCAUGUCCGCAGGACCGAGGUACGAGUACCACUGGGCGGACGGCACCAACAUAAAGAAGCCGAUCAAGUGCUCGGCUCCGAAGUACAUCGAUUACUUGAUGACGUGGGUGCAGGACCAGCUGGAUGACGAAACGCUCUUCCCUUCAAAGAUCGGCGUCCCUUUUCCCAAGAACUUCAUGUCGGUGGCCAAGACGAUCCUGAAGCGGCUGUUCCGCGUGUACGCCCACAUCUACCACCAGCACUUCGAUUCCGUCAUGCGGCUGCAGGAGGAGGCCCACCUCAACACCUCCUUCAAGCACUUUAUCUUCUUCGUGCAGGUGAGUUGUGAAACGGUGGCCGGUCGCCUGCCCCUGGGGUUUCUCGUUCCCCGUUUGCUUUUUAAAGGGGGUCGGAUUUUAAGCGUCUCCUCGCCCUUUGAAGAUCUACAGCUGUGGCGUGCGCUGGAAGACAUGCUCGGCUCCCACCCUCCGUGCCGUGCGAACCGUGCAGCUGCGGCGGUGUGGUUUGGUUUGGUUUGGGUUUUUUUUGCAGGAAGCGUGGCCGAGUUGGCUGUAAAUGCUUGAACUUCCCUCUUGGGUUUUAGCUAUCGGCCCACAGCAAAAGAAACCAGGCUCGGAGGAGAACUUGGGGGGUUUGUAGCUCAAGAAUCAACUCAGAAAUAGCAGCAGCACCUAUUUAUUUUUUUUCUUUCUCAGUAUUUUAACAGCCUGUUCCGUGACCGCGCGUGCAACUCAUCGCGCAGAGCAGCGUGGUAUUUCUCGGUGACGCGGCAGAAAAAGUUUUGUUGUCUUGAAACGCUAGAAUUUCUCCAGAGAAACUGGAGAGGCGGCUGCCGCACGUCGACACGGCGGGUUCCCAGCACGUGUACGGUGGCCGGACCUGUUCUCCAGCAGCUCUUUGAGAGGCGCCUUUAGUUUUUUGUGGUGUUGUUUUCCCUGCCAGGAAUUCAACUUGAUCGACAGGCGGGAGUUGGCUCCUCUGCAGGAACUGAUUGAGAAGCUGGGCUCCAAGGACAGAUAAACUUUCCCCGGGGGAGGCCCCUUUCGGCCGCUCCUUUCCGCUUUGUACGCCAGCCACGUCUACGCUUCGCCUUCAGCGACGCAAGCCCCGAGCGGCAUCAGUCUCAGAGGCCGAGCAUCGCUUCUACUGUGCAGCAGCCGCAGCCUGUGUGGUUUUAAGAGCUGUUGGCUGCGCCGCGGUGACUUGCCCUGCACGGUCCACUUGGCUUUUCCGGGCUGUGUGCUCGAGCCUGGCAAGAACUGCGGUCUGGGACUCGGGUUUUGUUUCCCGCAGGCAUGGGGCGAAGUUCCGAGUGCUGCACAGCUGCUUUCUACUCCCGAAGUUUUUCCUCUGGGCCCCACGGACGCCGCGCUUGGCCUGUGAGCAGCCCGACCGGGGCUAAGCCCGGGGUGUGCUUCCCCCGGGGGCCAGAGCAGAGCGGCUCAGCUUAUUUUUGGAAGGGCUUUUUUUUGGAUGAGGUGCACUUCGAGCCCAGCUCCGGGCGGCGGCAGG